AUUUGCAAUGAUUUAUCGUUGAAUACAUUAUAUAAUGUUAGAACAGUUUGGAGAAGAUCAAUUCAGAUUCAGGAGAGAGAAAGAGAGGAACUCGAAAACCGAUCUUAGCUCUGAGACUAAUUCUAAAAAGAAGACUGCAUUUAAAUCUCCAAACAUAUAUAACAUUUAUAGAUUUAGAAAAAGCUUUUGAUAAAGUAGAUUGGUUCUUGCUAUUUAGUACAUUAAAAAAAGUGGAAUCGACUCGAAAGAUAGAAGGAUCAUUUUGGGUUUAUACAAAAAACAAACAAUACUGAUAGAUAUAAAUGGAACCAUUAAGGAAGCUAAGAUAAGAAAAGGUGUGAGACUAUGCUGUUCCUUGUCGCCGUAUUUGUUCAAUCUUUUCAUAGAAAAAGCAAUAGAAGAAAUGAAGGAAGUAACCAACGGUGUUAGAAUAAAUGAAAACAAGUACAUAUUAUACGAUUUGCGAACAACAUUACUCUGGUGGCAAAAAGUGGAGAUAGCAUGAACCUAAUGCUUAACACCUUGGCCAGUAUUAUGGAUAAAUUUCAUAUGAAAAUAAACACUACUAAAACAAAAACAAUGGCAGCACGAAGAAAUCAAAUAUAUACCCAACCAUCUAUAAAACAAAACAACAUUGUAAUUUAAGAAGUUGAUCAUUUCUGCUAUUUGGGAAGCACAAUUACAUAUAAUAACGAAUCCACCAUUGAUAUCAAAAAAAGAAUAACUCUAGCUAAACAAACAUUCAUGAAGAAAUAUAGUCUAUUAAAUAGCAAAUAAUUCAACAUCGAAACUAAAAAAAAAAAUGUAUUAAAAAAUUUGUAUGGAGUGUGUUGUUAUAUGGAUGUAAAACCUGGACUAUCAGGAAAAAAGAAAGGGACAGUUUAGAAGCAAUUAAAAUGUAGAUCUGGGUUUAAAAGAAAACAAAUGAGUUAGUGUUAAAUGAUGUAAGAGAAAAAUGGGAUAUAAUGAAACACAUAAUAAAAAUGAGAAUAAAAUUAUUAGAACACUUAUUUAAACAUAACACAUUUAUAAGGAACUUCUUCGAGGGAAAGAUCUUGAGGACAUCCAAGAACAUCAUACUUCUAAAUCUCAAACAUCUCAUGGAUGUCAGAUCUUAUUUACAGUUGAGAAACGCGGCAAACAACAAAGACAAAGCUAUCAUGACAAGGCACUGCCUUUAGAUGAUGAUAAUGACAGUAUAUAA